AUGGAGCCAGAGAUGGUGAUGCCGGAUUCUGACGAAGACACUCCGGGGUCGCCUUCGACACCUGGAAGCAAGCGAAGAUCCGCCGCGGGCGGGCCAGGGAUCUUGAAAAGAGCCGUAUCAUCACCCAAUGUUCGUGACUCGGGUGGUGAUGGUAUGGUCAUGAGCGCCGCGGACAAGAAGCGAAACAAGCUCGGCUACCACCGGACUGCCGUUGCAUGUGGACAUUGCAGGAGACGCAAGAUACGAUGCAUUGCGGCUCUUGACGACACAACAGGCCGAUGCCAGAAUUGCAUUCGCCUGAAGAAAGAGUGUCAUUUCUUUCCCGUGGACCAACAUAAUGCUCCUGCUGGACGCCGAGGGAGGUCAGGUUCGAAGGUCGAGGGUUCCCAACCUGAGGAAGACACCAGAGCCUCGUCGCCCGAAUCAGGCGUACCUUCCACUCUCAAAAGCUCGUCGCUCGACGAACAAUUAAGUCAUACGAACGGACACGGCGGUACGCCAAUAUCACCUGAAGAACAUGCCGCUCACCACCAUUUAAACUACCCUCAUGCACACGAAUACGACGCCGUGGGAUCGAACCUCGAACCAUCUCGCAGUCUACCACACCUUUCGGCACCUCCACCUCUGUUCCGACCGAGCCCUUAUUAUGCCACGAACGAGACUCACGGCCUACACAAUCCCUACCCAACUACGUAUGGGCCGUCGAUGUUGAGCUCGACGCUGACCUCAUCGUCGCCAUCAGCAAUGUUCUCGCCGCAGCAGCGCCCUGGCUCGGGUGUUGAUCUCGCCUGGUCCGGUCAAGUGGGAGGCAGGUCUAUCUCUGCUGCAGAUCCGGAUGAGACCUAUGCCGCUUUUCCGGGGCAUCGAGCAUACUCUUAUCCUAGCAUAGAUCGAAAUCUGGGUACGCCACACGAUAUCUCACUUUCUAGUGCGCCCAACGCCCAUGCGUACCCGAUGAGCACCGAAUAUCAGCAGCAGGGUGCUGGCCGGGAGUACACGGAUCCAUCGCAAUUUGCAAAUAUGGGCUGGCUGCCUCAUCCCGCAGCUCGAGGAUCACAGAUGUCUCCAGUGACCACAGCGGGCUAUCCACAAUCCUGGUACACUGCACCCCUACCUUAUGUCCGUGAAGAAGAAGAUCCGUCACAAGCAUCACAGAUGCAGGGACAUAGCCACCAGUCAUACCAUCUAGGGCGAUAA